UGAUGGAGGAAGAGACCCCACAAACUAUACCAGACAUGUGGGGUCCACACUCUACCACCCCUCUUCUUCUUCUUCAACUUCUUCACAUUCCAUCAUCACUAUUCUCACCUAACCAUUUUUCAUUUAUUACAUUCUUCUUCUCUUAAAAACUUGCCUUCAAAUUCAUUCACCUCUCCCUCAAAUUCUUCAGAAAAAUCAAAACUUUUCUCAACCCAGUUGUUGAAAUUGUGGUGGGUUGAUGUCUACUGUGUCUAAAGAUGAUAACUUGGCACUUUCUUCAGAAGAUUCUUCUAGCCCAGAUGAGUCUGAGCUUGAAUUGGGUCUUGGGCUAAGCCUUUCUCACACUGUUAAAGCGCAUCAGUAUCAUAAUCACCAACAUGCUUCUUAUGCUAGAAUUUUCACUGCUAAGGAUUUUUCUUCUUCUCCUUCCUCUGCUGGGAACAAGAGACCUGCUGAUUCUCUUGAUGCUACCAACCGUCCAAGUCAAGUAGUUGGAUGGCCUCCCCUUCGAACAUAUCGAGUGAAUAGCUUUAAUAACCAAGUUAAAUCAACUGAACCAUUUAACUCUGUGGCCGAGAAGAGCAAGAACAAUAAUACUGUGGUUAGGAAGAAUACUGACAACAGAGUCAUAGAUAACAGCAUUAAUAUCAAAGAUAAAAGACACGUCAAGAAUUCCCCAUUUGUCAAAGUAAAUAUGGAUGGGAUACCGAUUGGAAGAAAGGUUAAUUUGAGCUCUCACAGUUCCUACGAAACCUUGGCACAGACAUUGGAGGACAUGUUUAACGAAUACGAAUCAACUACAGGUAUAGCUUGCAAAGGAUCAAGUGGGAAGGAUCACGACAUGACUAUCCGAGGAGAAUGGCAUUCAAAAUUGUUGGAUGGAUCUUCUAAAUUUGUACUGACUUAUGAAGACAAAGAAGGAGAUUGGAUGCUUGUUGGAGAUGUUCCUUGGGGGAUGUUCGUUAGUUCUGUGAAGAGACUAAGAAUCAUGAGGACAUCCGAGGCUAACGGACUCGGACCAAGAUUGGAAGAAAAGAACAUCAGACAGAAAAACAAGCCUAUAUAGAUAUUAUUUUCAUGGCUAAAGGAUAAGAGAAACUUACUUAUCACCUUAUAUGUAACACGAAAUAGAAGAAGCAGGAAAAAACAGAAAUUGAAAAAAGUAAAGGAAGUACAGCAAGUAAAUGGAUUUUGAGAGUUAAAUGAUCAAAUCUUGUGUUUUUUUGUUUUGGUCUUGGUUUCCUGAUUCAGUUUUUUUUUUUUGCUUAACUUGGAAUAUCUGGCAUUGCCUCUAUAAAUCAUCACUUGGAUGAUGCAGGCAUCAUAAAAUUUCAUGUAAUAAUCUUACUGAUCAUACAUACUAUUUGUUAAUGCUGUAAAUGUGAGGUGCUUGCUAACUUUCUUAGCCUCAUCUACUUCUGAUUGAACUUUCUUUCCAUGCUGUA